AUGCAAGGCGUUCUGAUCUUUCUGCUCCUCGUAGCUGGGCUUAACUUAUGUCAAGCAAAUGUAGUCGAUCUAACGAAUGAUAAUUUUGACUCGGUAAGUAUCGAUUCACGAUAAAAGUUCUGCACUCGUGUGCCGCGCGGUUCUCAUUAUCCAUUCAAGCGCUGUCAAACGGUGAUUGGACAAAGUAUUACACGCUCUUUUUCUUCUUUUUUUCAGCAUAAGCGAUUAAGUUUAGAUAAAAUUUUUUCUCUCUAAUUUUCCUGCUACAAGUAAUUUCGUUCCUAUGCAAGCUUCACGAUCACUAAAAAUGCCAUUUUAUUUUAGAGUGUCCAAAGUUUUAAUCUUGUCAAUCACCUCUUGUUUCUCUCUCCAGGUAGUAAAUGGUGAUAAAUUUGCUUUUGUUGAAUUCUAUGCACCUUGUAAGUACCAGGAUGAUAUUUAAAAAAUUUGUAAAAAUGACCUUCAGGUUCAUACUUAGAAAUCACUACACCAAAAAUUGAUAAGCUUAUCUUUUUGUCCCUUUAAAAAAACAUACGUUGUGGUUCAAAUUGUAUCUUUGGUUUGAAUUUUUCAAACCAGUUAAAAUUUUUCAAACUGGUUUGAAUUUUUAAACCAGUUCUUUUAUCAAAUGUCUGAAAAAGGGCCUUUUCUUUUUUAGGGUGUGGUUGAAAAAUAGGGGCUAGGUUUUUGGGGGGUUCUUAAAAAGAAUAUUAGUACUUAUCAGAAAAUUUCAUUUUAACAGUUCUUUUGCAUCUCUCCAACCACCCCUUCCUCCUUGUUCUGUCAUUUCCCUCCUAUACCUAGGUCUUCCUAACCCCUCUUCACUAUUUCUUACCUAACCCUCCUCCCGCCAUAUUAUAAUAAUAAUAAGAAGAAGAACAUUUUUAUAGCGCCUAUCCAGUAAUGAUUUAGGCACUUAAGAAAGUGAAAAAACUAGAAUUAAAAUAAAUAUUGAUUAAAAUAAAACACAUAUAAAAUCAAAUAAAUCUUCCUAAUGACUAAAAUAGUAGUUCUUAAAAAGGUAGGUUUUAACUUUUGCUUAAAUAGACUUCUCGCAUGAGCGUAUAUUUGAUGUCAGGUAGUUUGUUCCAAAGCUUGGGAGCUGAAACAGCAAAUGCUCUAGAUCCAUAGGUCUUAAGGUUAAAGCUAACAGGAUUCAGACUGAGUGUAGACGGUAAGUAGCAGGUUAUUAGGUCUUGAAUGUAGGUUGGAGAUUGCUGAUGCAGAGCCUUGAAGGUAAGUAGUAGAAUCUUGAAUUGAAUUCCUUCAGAAACAGGUAGUCAGUGAAGAUCGAAGAGGAUGGGAGUGAUCACACUUCCUAGAGCGUGUAAGCAGUGUGGCAGCUGCAUUCUGCACCGAUUGAAGCUUUUUGAUGACAUUUUUAGAGGCAUGAUAUGACGAUGAUGAUGAUUAUAUAGUAGAGAAUUGCAGUGAUCGAGUUUGCAAGUUACAAAGGCGUGAAUAAGAAUCUCAGUAGUUUGCAUUGAUAAUUAUUCCCUUAUGCAGGAAAUGGUGUGAAGAUGAUAAAAGGCAGAUUUACAAACAUUGUUGACAUGGGGAAGAAUAGACAUGCACUGUUCCUAACCUUACAUGAAAACUAACCAUUUGAAAUAAAUGAUCAACCCUAAUCACUAAAAUAAGCGCUCAGCCUUAAUCACUGAAACUGUGCUGUUGCCAUAACCUUACAUGAGAGCUAACCAUUUGAAAUAAACGCUUAACCCUAAUCGCUAAAAUGAAUGUUUACUAAAAUGUGAGACCUUGAUGUCACAAGUUUAUUUUACACAGUAUUUUACAGGGAGAGGUACAAAUAAAUGAGAACAAGUUAUGUGUUUAAAAAUUUCUAACCAGGUUGAAAAUUUCAAACCAGUUUGAAAAAUUUAAACUGGUUUAAAAAAGUUCAAACCAAAGAUUAAACUUGAACCACAACACAUAUUUCCUCAAGACUUUGCAGUGGUCCAAUAACCAGUGUUCUUUAUUCUCGCCAUGAUCCUCACAAUUUUCCGUCUCACAAUCUCAAAGUCUUUUUUUAACAGAUGACCUAUUCCUGAGCAUGCAUAUGAAAUUGAAGGACACUGGUGCCUAACAUACCUUUUGGAAGAUAGUUGGUUCAAAGAAAAUUUACACAGUCACAAUAUCGAUCCCCCUUUCUCUCCUUCCGUACCCCCAAACCCAUUGUUUGAAAGGCUUAAAAACAAUAAAACAUUCCAAGAGGCAAAUGCGACAGCUAUAAUGAUAUGCAUAUGUUGCGAUGAAUCCAAUCCCUUUACUUCAGGGUGAUGUCCUAUUAAUUUAUUAUUAUUAUUAUUAUUAUUAUUAUUAUUAUUGUUAUUAUUAUUAUUAUUAUUAUUGUUAUUAUUAUUUUCUUUUUUUUGCAGGGUGUGGUCAUUGCAAGGCUCUUGCACCCACUUAUGAACAACUGGGAGAAGCAUUUGCCAAAGCUGAUGAUGUAAUUAUUGCCAAAGUUGAUGCUGAUGGUGAUAAGACACUUGGUUCUAGAUUUGGGGUCUCUGGUUUUCCCACGCUUAAGUAUUUUCCAAAAGGAAGUACAUCUGCAGAAGAGUAAGUUGCUCAUUCUGUUAAUACUUUUGAAUAUGGGUUUAAAAUUGUACACAUUGAUUAAAAUGUUAAACUAAAUGUUAACUACCUUAACCUGACAACACACCACUAGCAAAAUUCACACCUUGGGGAGGAGGGAAGGGGGUUGUGACCUCAGUAGUAUCCACAAGUUGUGGUUCAAUUUUAUCCUUGGUGAAAAUUUUAUUUCCCUUUGUUUUUGGGUAUGGUAAUGUAUGAUAAUGAAUAUAAAACAAAGGGAAAUAAAAUUUAAACCAAGGAUAAAACUGAACCACUGCAUAAAUAUAGGUAUAUUAUACAACUAUCCUCCGAAGGGGAGGUUAAUCCUGGUGGAUAUAUACUGAGAUGCAAAGCAUUGAGGUAUGUAUCUGGCACUGUUCACCGACCCCAAGGGAGAUAGUGUUUUAGUAUUUACCAAAUCAGUUGGAUAAAAAUGAAAAAAAGUAACUUUUCUGUAAAUAAAAAACGUCACUUAGUAGGAAGUUUGUUUACAAUUUAUGAACAUAUUUUCGGGGAUUUUGUCAAGUGCAUCUUUACAAUUUUGUUGCAAUUUAUUCAGUAAGAAAAUAAUUUUCUACCUACUAGUAAACACUGACAAGCUGAAGUGCAUUGCUUUCUUGGUAUUUGUUUGUAUUACUGCUUCAUUUAUCGUUCAAAUUUCAUCCUCUGAAAAUUUCUCAAAACAAGACGCCAUCUUGGCUUCAGUCGCAAAACAGUGAAUAGUGAAGGAUAAUCUGAGUUACGGUAGCCAAUCAAAACAAGCAAAAAUAUUUUAUUGCUAUUCACUGAUUUGGUAAAUACUAAAUAUAUAUAUUUUCUCAGAGGAGAAAUUAAGAUACUUACCAUGAGGGCUAGAAAAAAAAUAAACUUAGCUAAGUUUUUUUUGUAGUUGAUAGUCACUGUCUCUUUGCAUUGGUUACAGAUAUAGUGGUGGACGGGACAUCAAAGAUCUAGUGUCAUUUAUUGAAAGCAAAUCUGGUAAGAGCUCUGUUAUAGAUACAGCUUUACAUUGUACAUUAUGAAAGAAAUCUCUUUUUUGUGUGCUAAAAUUUGUAUGCUAAUUGUAUUUUAAUUUACUUUGCAUGAUUUAGAAUAGAAUAGAAUGCUUUAUUGAAAUACCUCACUCGUAGUAUCGACUGAAUUGCUAAGGUUUACCGUAUCUAAAAAAGGUUUAUGAAACAUAAUUACAAAAUCCUUACAAACUAGCCAUAUCAAGUCCUGUACAAACAUAUAAAAUCUUAGACUAAAUAUGAAUUUUUAAAAAAUACUUGCGCAUUUGUCAAUAAAGGUAUCACAGCACCUGUUGGUCUUGCAUGGCUUUAUACAGUAUGAUCUAGAGUUCCUGAGGUCCUUAGAGGGUCCUUCAAUGAAUGGAACGAGAGGGUGCAAAACAUCAAGCGGAUUAAAACAAUUUUGUUACAGUGUGACGACUUCAACCGGGGCCACCUAAGAACUUUCAGCCAAUCAGAAACCGCUCCUUUAACAAAGAAUUGAGCAAGAACCCUUGUAGAAAUUCAUUACAUUUAAAGUAUACUUUAUAUAGGUGAUAAUAAGACAUCAUCAGAAACUGUCCUUUAUUUCGAUUGGUUAGUUUCGAUCCUAAAUGCUUUCACUAUAUAUAGAAUGGUGUGUCGUACACUUACUCAUCUGUCUUGUGAGGCUGCAUUUUACACUUAUAUAUUGAAGUGCUGGCUAUACAUAUUGCUUGGUAACAGGUGUAAAAAUACACACUUUAUUAUUAUUAACAAUCUACAUUUACAUAAAGUCCAUUUCCACCCACAAAUAGCAGGUGCUAGUCGAGGCGGGCGGAGAUAAUAGGUACAGCAGUCUUGUAUCAGUCUUGUAUCUAUGGGGAAAAUUUGAGGCAGUCUAGCUACAAGCCAUUGUUUGAAAAUAUCGCACUGUUUCCUUUACUGCUGAAUUCUCUUAUCCCUGCAACUAGAAGUGAUCAUUCUAGAUCUGGGACCAGAAAAGCUUCCUUUAAAAGAAACUCUAACCUUGCGAUCAUCAAGGAAAAAAAAAACAAUGGCUGGAAACUAUUUUUAUCAAGAAGACACAGAGUAAUCUCAAUUUCCUUUUUGGCCGAAUGAGAAUUCAGACCUUAUAGGCCUAUCACGUAAUUGAAAGAUAGCUCUUAUAAUUACUCCUAGACUUCUCGCUUGCUGUAAAAAAGCACUUUUUUCUUGUGCAUCCCUGGAGAAAUGUUCUAGCAACAAGAGAAACAAAAAAAUGAGCGAGGUGCUCGUUCACAGGAUGUAGCAUGGUCAGUGCAGUGUUUCAUGACAUUUCAUUGGCGUUCUGUAUUUCUUUAAACUUGCCUCCGGUUCUUAGCUGCACAGAAAUGAUUUGGACUUUUCCUUUCAAGCAGAGAAUGCACAUUAACAGGUAAAAAAUUUAAAUUUGAUGAUGAGAAAAAAAGAAAACAAGAUUCUUUGGUCUCUGAUUGGCUCAUGCUAGAAGUAAGCCAUUCUAAACGGCAAAGAAUUUAGGAUCGCAACUAACCAAUCGAAAAAUAGGACAGUUCUCUAUGAGAUCUGCAUGCCCAAUUCUUUGUUAAAGGAGCAGUUUCUGAUUGGCUGAAAGUUCUUUGGUGGCCCUGGUUGAAGUCGUCACACUGUAAACAUUUUUUUACACAGCUUUGUCCUUCUUUGCUCUAAUGUAACAAGGCCUUAAUGUGACAGGGAACCUAAGUAGUGCACUUUGUAAGCAAAAAUUAACCUCAGAGCCUGUUUCUGUUUAUGUCUUCCUUUAUUUAGGAGCACGAGCUAAUAAGGCAGUAUUUAAGACUGCUGUAGAAGACCUGGAUUCCACAAACUUUGACUCAGUUGCCUUGGAUAAGACUAAAGAUGUCUUGGUUGAGUUCUAUGCCCCAUGUAAGUACAUUCUAUUGACCACUACAGUUAACUCUUUUACUCCAAUAUUAGUGGAAAAAAAAUCAUUAAACCCAUCUUUCGCUUCUGAACUGCCCAUAACUGGCCGUAACUGCCCGUACAGGUCCACUUCCCUUCUAAUGCCUAUGACGUCAUCAGUCUUGUGCAGGGUGAAAAGAUCUUUCAAACCAUACCAGAAUGAGUACGAUUAAGUCAAGGAGGCAAAAAAUGUAAAAAACCAAGUGAUGUUGACCUGAAAAUUCCCAUGAAAAUCUUAUUCCACUGCCCACCUAACUUUCCUUCCAUCUCAUCGUAAGGUCCUUAAAGCUUUCCCAGAAACUUUUCCCACCAAAAUGAAGCCUACUUAAUGCCCAGCAAAAGAAAAAAAAAUGAGGCAAGAAAAGCAAAAGAAAAACUACCUUGAAAUUUUGCUCUCGGCACAUGCCCAAACUACACAAGCUAAUACUUUAACUGGAUCACAAGUCGCGAAGUGUACAACCUGUAAAUGGGUCUUUGGUAAGUUUUAGCUCUUUCUAGCCAGACCUCAUCUCACAUCACCUAUCCUCUUUGUGCCUGGUGGCAGGUGAUUCCAUUUGAAUACUAGCACCACAGGAUUGACCAAUAAUUUAUUAUUAAUAAUCUUGCCAUAACAUGGUCAAGAUGUGAAAGAGUUAAGGAGGUUUGGAUAUCAGAUAAUAAUCACCAUAAAAUGUUCAGCACUGUAGCUGAGAAUUUCUCCAAAGAAUUAGUUUUAGUUGACAUGCUAUAUCAACCAGUCGACACAGUGUUAAAUCAGAAAAUUAUGUAUCUCAAAAUCAGGGGGAAAAUUGUGGUUGUACUUCAUUUUCAAACCCAGUUCUACUGUUUGGAUAUUGGAUGGAACAGUAAAGCUGCAUUUAAAUAUACACUGUGUUAGUGCAUGUGCUUUUUGUACAAAGUGGUGGAGAAAGCUGAGUUGUAGAGAUGCUUGACCUAACAUUGUGUGGUCAGGUACAGAAAUUUGUUCUAAGGCCCUGUCCAGAUGUAUCCAUUUUUGUUUGAAAAUGGAUACUUUUUUCUCCAGUUUGGCCUACCGGUGAAAACAGUCACAGAAAACGCCGGCAUUUCAUUUAUGUGUAGACAGACGAAAAACAGAGGUUUUCAAAUAUGAUGAUGUCAUACAUCAAAAAUGCAUCAUUAAAAGACAUCAUUAAAAAUACAUCAUAGCAUGAUGCAUGCUCAAUAAGGGAUGCUAUUGUAAUUCCAUUAUUUCAGCAUUUUAGUAUUGAUGGGGAAAAAACUAUUAGAGUACGCUACAUGUGGAUGCAUAUUUUUUGAAAAUGGAGAAAAAAUCCGGAUACAUGCUGGACAGGGCCAACAUGUCGGUUCUGCUUUUAGGGUGUGGUCACUGCAAGAGGCUUGCCCCUGUGUAUGAUGAGGUUGGGAAAGCAUUUAAGAAUGAACCAAAUGUAAGUUUAACAUAAUUCCUGAGUACAUAACCAAAAGCCAAGGGCCUGGAGAAUGUCCUAAUACAAAUAAUUAAAAAAUUGGAUUAGGCUGAGUAUCAUCUGGAGAUCAAGGAGGGUGUUAAUCGGCCUUGGCAGAUAACCCCCUUCAGAGAUCUCCAUCAUUCUUCAAACGAUAAGAAAGCCGAAUUCAAUAAUUGUUUUAUUCCUCAUUCAAGAAUAAUAAUUCCUAGCCUGAAUUUCAGACGAUUACUUUUGGUCAGUUUUACUCCCUAGGUAACGUUUGAAUCGACUGGCUGUUAAUGCCGUCCAGUGAUGUCACUACUCCUUUGCUUCAAUUCAUGCAAAAAUAAAACACAACUGGCAAACAAAGAAAUAUCAUCUGGAAAUGUCUACAUGAUACAGAAUUGUGUUACUGCUUUUGAUUGUAAUUAUUCAUGUUUAAUGUUCAAACUGUUAACUGCAUGCAGUACUCUGAACGAUUCUGUUGUAAUUCAAUAAUCAGAGUCGAUCACAGUCAUGCAAUGAAAUAAGAACACACACGGAACACUUCAAAAACACAACAAUUUGCUGUAAUUGAAAAAAGCUAUUUGGUCCUUACUGAAGGAGAAAGAAAACAAGAAAAAAAAGCUUACGGAAUCUUUAAACUUGAAGUGGAAAUGAAAAGAAGGUCAAAUUAUUACUUAAAUCUCAGAAAACCUCACUUAAACAAAAUCAAUGCGAAAACCACAAAGCCACUCUAAAUGAAAAACUUACCGACUCUUCACCAUGAUUCUUCAUUUGUAGUUCAAUUUAGCAAUUCAUAGUUUUGAAGACAAGGAUAAUAAUAUUUAGUAUAUACUAAAACAGUGGAUAGUGUUUUUCGCGCGCUCUGAUUGGCUACUCAAUCAGUGAAUAUCCUGCACUAUUCACUGAUUCACCUCCAGUUCCUCCGAGCGAGCGACGCCAAACUCGCGUAGGUUGCGAGCAAAAUGCUUUCCCGGUUUGCUGCCGUAACAAACUAAGAAAUUUCACAACUAAUCAAGCAAGCUAUUUCCGAAAUACAUGAAGAAGGUGACGAAGUUCGAUUUGGAAGUUUUAACAGGUAAAGCUUUGUCUUUUUUAUUUCUAUAGUUAUCGAUAAAACCGGUGAAAAAGUUGUUUGUUUACAAAUGCAAAUUAAGCUUAAGUCUUGCGUUACUUUAUUUAGUUGAUUUGUUCAUAAAUAAGCUUAAAACUAAAUUUAAUAAUCUUUUUUACAGAAUUAUUUUAAAUACAAACAGAAUUCACAACUCCUUUUGAAGAAACUUCCCCGCAAGAGCUAAACAAACGCCUCUAAAAGUUUUAUUUAUCGCUAAGAAAAAGCGACGACCGCGGCCGUUCGGUCAUCGCGCGCCAAAAUUGUAAUCGUUGGCAACAGUAAAUGAGUUAAAAAUCAUCAUUUUGUGCUCAAUUAUCUCACUGUUUUAGUAUAUACUAAAACAAUUAUUCACCUCAGUGUCGGUGGCUAGUAUUGGAUAUUUACCUCGCCGCUUCGCGGCCUCGGUAAAUAUCCAAUACUAGCCACCUCGACUUCGGUGAAUAAUUGUUAUUUAUUUUGCUGUUUAUGAUAAAGAUUGUCAAAAACUUAUAACUCCACGCAGGCAUGCCAGGCAUACAAUCCACUGAAUAUCAAACAACAAUUCCCACUAAAAUUUCUCAUAAUUAUACAUAAUUAUGCGAAUGUUUGGACAAUCAAAAUCACUACCUGGUUUUCGGUUAGUGAUGUCACUGGACGGCAUAAACGGCCGGUCGAUUCAGACAUUGCUGAGGGAGUAAAAAUGACUCAAAGUAAUUGUCUGAAAUUUAGGCUAAAUAAUUCCUACUUUUAAAAAGAAGCUAAAAUGUGCUUACCUCCAUUGAUGUUAAGUUCAUCUUCAAUUGUCUGUUUAUCAGCAAGUUUAGGAGAUUAAGGGUUGUUCAGUACUAAAAAUAUUCUCCAAAUAGCGGAUUUCGUCCGUCGAGUUGUCUUCUUACUGUUCUUGCUAUGUUUUUAGCCAACAGUUCACCUUUUUCUUCCUCAUGAAACAAGUGAAAUGUUCCACCAUUUUGUUCUCACUAUCCAAACAACUCAACCUCGUCCCCAGGUCUUCUCAGUUAAAUUAAUGUUCAAUAAUCUCGCAAUUUUGCUGCACAAAAGACCUCAUUUUUCACAUCUUGCAAAAUUCUUCCAAAUUUGGUCGACAGUACCUGGUUAUGAUGAAUUAUGUGUGGGACUUUAGCCAUUAUCAGAAAUGGAGAAAUUUUUUGAAUAAAUAAUUAUGAUGGUUUGUUGUGUCAAGAACCUACUGGAGAUGGACGUGUACAAAAUAAAUUCACUGGGCUUCUGCCAUAUGCCUGUCAUAAAUUUUUAUGUGCUUAUGUAGGGCUGUCACUAAGGGCCAGGAGCCAUGGAUUGUCCCCUGCUACUACAAGCACGACCCAUGCUACUUUCAUUAGAAACAAAAGGAAAAUAGAACCAAUUCAAUCAGCCUUGAAUCGGAAAAAAAAAACAGAAAAAAAGAGAAGAAGAGGCAGCUAGAUGUUGUUCAGGAACUGCAUUCAGUGCAACUAACCGACCGUGCUACGGUGGCAAAUGUUAGUUUCAAUUUUGCGAAGAAAGGAUUAUAACUCCAUCGUUAUUCAUAUCUAAUUUGAAAUUCCCGCUCUGACGAUUUUGCUUAACAAAGAACUUAAUCGAUUUCUGUUGUUUGCGAUUCUAACAAAAAAAUGCAACAAAUGACGGUUUUUUUGCAUACGUUUUUUCUUGCAAAAUAAGCAGAAACUGGGAAAAAAACUGCAGGGCAAUGUUUCCCAAAGAAUCAGAGGCCACAUGCAAAAAUUCAGCUGAUUUGGAAGGACAAAAACACCCAAACUGUCACUUAACAUUAGGUGAAUCCAAGCCCUUCAUUAAUUAUUUAUUAAUUUUAUUCAAUUACCCACUUACAGUGUACUGUUAGUAAUAUUGCAUAUAACUAGCAACUUGAGAUCUUUUUUGUACUGACAGCCAUGGUUUAUAUAUAGUUUGUUUAAGUUGAUGAGAGACAUCAUUCACACUACAGAAAAGAUUGGUUCUUAACAUUUUGUAGCAAUCAAGAAGUUAAAGGAAUUUGUAAAUUCUACAGUUACACCAGUGUCAUUAUUAUGCAUUAUGGUUCCAGUCUGGUGUAUGUACUCCCUUCAUUGUAAGCUUGACUUGCCUGUGGUCAUAGAUUUUAUGUACUUGACAAUGAUUUUACUGUUAGUAAAACUUUUUUUCCAUUUUGUUUAUUUUCAGUGUGUUGUGGCCAAAGUAGAUGCAGAUGCAGAAAAGGAUUUAGGAUCAAAGUAGGACAUUUAUCCCAAAACUACAUCACAAUAUUAAUCAGAAUCAACAACUGUUUACUUUUGGUCAGUUUUACUCCCUAGGUAACGUUUGAAUCGACUGGCUGUUAAUGCCGUCCAGUGAUGUCACUACUCCUUUGCUUCAAUUCAUGCAAAAAUAAAACACAACUGGCAAACAAAGAAAUAUCAUCUGGAAAUGUCUACAUGAUACAGAAUUGUGUUACUGCUUUUGAUUGUAAUUAUUCAUGUUUAAUGUUCAAACUGUUAACUGCAUGCAGUACUCUGAACGAUUCUGUUGUAAUUCAAUAAUCAGAGUCGAUCACAGUCAUGCAAUGAAAUAAGAACACACACGGAACACUUCAAAAACACAACAAUUUGCUGUAAUUGAAAAAAGCUAUUUGGUCCUUACUGAAGGAGAAAGAAAACAAGAAAAAAAAGCUUACGGAAUCUUUAAACUUGAAGUGGAAAUGAAAAGAAGGUCAAAUUAUUACUUAAAUCUCAGAAAACCUCACUUAAACAAAAUCAAUGCGAAAACCACAAAGCCACUCUAAAUGAAAAACUUACCGACUCUUCACCAUGAUUCUUCAUUUGUAGUUCAAUUUAGCAAUUCAUAGUUUUGAAGACAAGGAUAAUAAUAUUUAUUUUGCUGUUUACGAUAAAGAUUGUCAAAAACUUUUAACUCCACGCAGGCAUGCCAGGCAUACAAUCCACUGAAUAUCAAACAACAAUUCCCACUAACAUUUCUCAUAAUUAUACAUAAUUAUGCGAAUGUUUGGACAAUCAAAAUCACUACCUGGUUUUCGGUUAGUGAUGUCACUGGACGGCAUAAACGGCCGGUCGAUUCAUUGCUGAGGGAGUAAAAACGACUCAAAGUAAUUGUCUGAAAUUUAGGCUAAAUAAUUCCUACUUUUAAAAAGAAGCUAAAAUGUGCUUACCUCCAUUGAUGUUAAGUUCAUCUUCAAUUGCCUGUUUAUCAGCAAGUUUAGGAGAUUAAGGGUUGUUCAGUACUAAAAAUAUUCUCCAAAUAGCGGAUUUCGUCCGUCAAGUUGUCUUCUUACUGUUCUUGCUAUGUUUUUAGCCAACAGUUCACCUUUUUCUUCCUCAUGAAACAAGUGAAAUGUUCCACCAUUUUGUUCUCACUAUCCAAACAACUCAACCUCGUCCCCAGGUCUUCUCAGUUAAAUGUUCAAUAAUCUCGCAAUUUUGCCGCACAAAAGACCUCAUUUUUCACAUCUUGCAAAAUUCUUCCAAAUUUGGUCGACAGUACCUGGUUAUGAUGAAUUAUGUGUGGGACUUUAGCCAAUCAGAAAUGGAGAAAUUUUUUGAAUAAAUAAUUUUGAUGGUUUGUUGUGUCAAGAACCUACUGGAGAUGGACGUGUACAAAAUAAAUUCACUGGGCUUCUGCCAUAUGCCUGUCAUAAAUUUUUAUGUGCUUAUGUAGGGCUGUCACUAAGGGCCAGGAGCCAUGGAUUGUCCCCUGCUACUACAAGCACGACCCAUGCUACUUUCAUUAGAAACAAAAGGAAAAUAGAACCAAUUCAAUCAGCCUUGAAUCGGAAAAAAAAAACAGAAAAAAAGAGAAGAAGAGGCAGCUAGAUGUUGUUCAGGAACUGCAUUCAGUGCAACUAACCGACCGUGCUACGGUGGCAAAUGUUAGUUUCAAUUUUGCGAAGAAAGGAUUAUAACUCCAUCGUUAUUCAUAUCUAAUUUGAAAUUCCCGCUCUGAUGAUUUUGCUUAACAAAGAACUUAAUCGAUUUCUGUUGUUAGCGAUUCUAACAAAAAAAUGCAAAGGUUGCCGACGGUUUUUUUGCAUACGUUUUUUCUUGCAAAAUAAGCAGAAACUGGGAAAAAAACUGCAGGGCAAUGUUUCCCAAAGAAUCAGAGGCCACAUGCAAAAAUUCAGCUGAUUUGGAAGGACAAAAACACCCAAACUGUCACUUAACAUUAGGUGAAUCCAAGCCCUUCAUUAAUUAUUUAUUAAUUUUAUUCAAUUACCCACUUACAGUGUACUGUCAGUAAUAUUGCAUAUAACUAGCAACUUGAGAUCUUUUUUGUACUGACAGCCAUGGUUUAUAUAUAGUUUGUUUAAGUUGAUGAGAGACAUCAUUCACACUACAGAAAAGAUUGGUUCUUAACAUUUUGUAGCAAUCAAGAAGUUAAAGGAAUUUGUAAAUUCUACAGUUACACCAGUGUCAUUAUUAUGCAUUAUGGUUCCAGUCUGGCGUAUGUACUCCCUUCAUUGUAGGCUUGACUUGCCUGUGGUCAUAGAUUUUAUGUACUUGACAAUGAUUUUACCGUUAGUAAAACUUUUUUUCCAUUUUGUUUAUUUUCAGUGUGUUGUGGCCAAAGUAGAUGCAGAUGCAGAAAAGGAUUUAGGAUCAAAGUAGGACAUUUAUCCCAAAACUACAUCACAAUAUUAAUCAGAAUCAACAACUGGCCAGAGAGCUAUUUAACGAAACACAGGGCUUCAAAUAACACCCAUCACCUUUUGCAUUUUUUCUCCUUGGUUGAGUGUCCAUAUGCUUCUCAUUUUGAUCAUAAGUCUCAACCGAAAAAUUAUUUUAAGUACAUUUUAAAUGAAGAAAUUAAAGGUAAAUUAACCCAUUCGCUCCUGGAGAUUUUGCCGAAAAACGCGUUUUGAAGCUAGUCGAGUGGUUUUCUGGUCACUGUCGUGCUAUAAAGAGCUAAAACUUACCACAAACCGGUCUACAGGUCGUACACUUGGCGGCCUUCUGAUCCAGAUGCAAAAUAUCAGCUUGCGAAGUUCGGGCAUGCGCAGAAAGCAAAAUUUCGACAUAGUUUUUGGGUUUAAAAGUGACACAGCAGUCUUGACUUUUACUUUUCGCUUUCUCUCCUCCCUUCUUUUUUCGCUUUUCUUGCCUCAUUUUUUUUUUCUCUUGCUGGGCAUUUAGUAGGCUUCAUUUUGGUGGGAAGAGUUUUUAGGAAAGCUUUUAGGAUCUUAGGAUUAGGUGAAAGGAAAGGUAGGUGGGUAAUGGAACAAGAUUUUCAUGGUGAUUUUCAGGUCAAUGUCACGUGGUUUUUUGCUUCUUUCUCCGGUGUCCUUGACUGAAUUGUGCUUAUUCUGGUAUGGUUUGAAAGAUCUCUUCACUUUGCACAAGUUAGUCAAGAAAGUUGUCCUUGACCGUUAAAACUGAUGACGUCACAAUGGGUAGAAAGGACCUGGAUCCGCACGGGCGGUUACGGGUGGUUCAGGGGCGAAUGGGUUAAUAAAUAAUAAAUAAACAAAUCUUAGCCUUAGUUUAAAAUAGUGUCAUACAAAAUUUCCAACUAUAAUAUUUUAUUAUUGUAUUUUGAUUUCUGUCUCUGCUUCAUAUAUGAUGAUUUGAGUUUAUUUCAUCAUCUUUUUCAGGUAUGGUAUCAGUGGUUUCCCUACUAUCAAAUUUUUUCCCAAAGAUAACAAAGAGGGGGAGGAGGUAUCAUUAAUAUUAAUUUAUUAUUAUUAUUAUUAUUAUCAUCAUCAUCAUCAUUAUUAUUAUUAUUAUUGUUAUUAUUAUUGUCAUAUAAUUCAAUGGUCAUGCAUAAAUCAAGAUUAUUGUUUAUAUUUCCCUUAAAAGUUAAUUAGAUUGGGUGAAAGAGGCAUAUUACAAGGAAAACAGCUAGUAUUUGAUGCAAAUGUUAAUAUCUCAAUCUUAUCGCCUUUAAAAAGGCAAUAAAAACUAACUUUAAAAAAAAAACUUUCAGUUGGUCACUGGGUAUGGGUCGAUCACCAAAUUGGUGACCUUCACUGCUAUUUUGGUCACAAAAUUUUUUUAUUUUUACUCACCCUGAUGAUCAAAACAGUCACAGCUUGAAAUAUGUAGACACUUCUAAAAAAUAUUACCAUAGACAAUUUUUCUGAUCCUAAUGUUCAUCUUUUAAUAACUGCAGUACAGUGGAGGUCGUGAGAAACAAGACUUCAUAGACUUUCUGAAUGAGAAGUGCAAGACGAACCGAGUUUCUGGUGGGGGAUUGAGUGAUGAGGUAAAAAUUAACAAUAAGUGUCCUUUUAAAUCUUUGAUGUGGGAAAUAUGAAAUCAGAGUAAAAUAGUAAGAGUGUAUGUGGAAACAGCAUACCAAAUGCUUUUUUUUUUUACUUCUUUAUCAGGCUGGAAGGAUUGAGAAAUUUGAUGAAUAUGCCAAGGAUUUCAUGGCUAAUCAGGUAAGAUUUUAAAAAAAUAAUAAUCACAUUUCUUUAAUAAUAUUAGGGAGCUUAAGCAACGAUAACGACAAUGGCGGUGAUUAUAUCCAUUAAAAAGUGAACUUAUGCGGUUUCAAUUCAUCGCUCUUAUUCCAUGUUGUUUAAUUUGUCAAAAUGUUGGUGAAUUUUUCUGGAAUAGAAUUCUAAAGGACUGUAUGUAAGUUUAAAAAAAUAGAAAAUCAUUGGUUCACUUCCUCCAUAAAACAUGGAAUUUGGCAGUUUCACAUCCUUUUCUUGCAUUGACGCUUGUCUGUGAGCAAUGUUGUUAUUUUGCUAAUCUAAACCUAUUGGUUUUUGUUAUUCUUAUCACCGUCGUCGUUGUCUCACUUAAGAUCCCUUAGCUAAAUCUCUCAACCUUUACAUCUUUAAGUGUGACGCAAAAAUGUACUUUUAUCAACUGAGUUGGUAAGGUACUGUAGAUUGGCCACUGUAUCGAGAAGUUGACGUUUCAAGUGCAGGUCCAAUGCAACACUACAGCUUCUUUAGAAACUAACCCCCUCAUUCAUCUCAUUGUGAUUGUCUUGUGUUUGUUUGUUUGUUGUUAGGAUAAACGUGAUGCAAUCCUGGAAGAAGCCAAAUCCCUCAUUGAUGCACAAGAAAAUACAAAGUGAGUUCUUUGACAGAAAUGUAGAACCAAUACACCUUAUCCCUAAAUGAAAGAAAUUCUUGUCUUCAUAAUAAUAGGCCAAGGCCAAACAUACAUCUACCAUAAGAAGUUAAUUAUUCUUUAAAUUGCCUCUUUGGUAGUGCUUUCUGUAAACUUGACUUUUGUGUUGUCUCUGGUUUCUAAAAUACUGUUGUAAUUGAUAAUGAGAAAUCUCAACAGUGUAAUUAUUUUGGUCCAGACUUUGUUGUUACAAUGACACAACAGUGGAAUUCAAAGGAAGCUGGAGCUAGAGCUUGUGCUAGAACCUGUACCUUGAUCAGUUUCAUGGUUAAUAGAGGUUCUUUUGUGUUCUGAUUCAGAAUGGCAACAUACUACACUAAGGUCAUGGAGCGUGUGCAGAGUAAGGGAGAUGCUUUUGUCAUUACUGAGAUUGAGCGCUUGGAACGUCUUAUUGGUAAGAUUUUGUUUUUACUGUGAUUGCGAUAAAAAGUUCUGUGUUCCAUGUUUAGAAAAUAGAGUGGGGAAAAACAGAAAAAAAGGCUGAUUCAUGUUUCUGGAUUCACGUUGGGAAAUAAAAUGAUUAAUCAUGUAAAAAGGGCUAAAAUAAUCCUGUUUUCAAAGUCAUAAAAGAGUUCUCUCAUUCUUAAGGUUAAGGUGUUUAAGUUAAGGAACAUGCCAGAUAUUUUUACGCACACCUUAUUUUCGUCAAUAUUUAUAAUUUCAUACCCUUGUCAGAUAUGUAAAAUUGUUUCCUGUACGUAAGUCCACAAGGGUAACCAAUGCAAAAUCUCGCACUUUCUAGCUAGUGUGGGAGCCUGCAACCAGAUACAUUAGGGCCAUUUUUAUACGAGGAAAAAUAAGACGCGUCUUAAAUAAGACGCGAACUUUCCGUAUAAACGGCACAUUUCGUCUAAAAUAAGACGCGGCUUAGCUAAGANACAAUGACACAACAGUGGAAUUCAAAGGAAGCUGGAGCUAGAGCUUGUGAUAGAACCUGUACCUUGAUCAGUUUCAUGGUUAAUAGAGGUUCUUUUGUGUUCUGAUUCAGAAUGGCAACAUACUACACUAAGGUCAUGGAGCGUGUGCAGAGUAAGGGAGAUGCUUUUGUCAUUACUGAGAUUGAGCGCUUGGAACGUCUUAUUGGUAAGAUUUUGUUUUUACUGUGAUUGCAAUAAAAAGUUCUGUGUUCCAUGUUUAGAAAAUAGAGUGGGGAAAAACAGAAAAAAAGGCUGAUUCAUGUUUCUGGAUUCACGUUGGGAAAUAAAAUGAUUAAUCAUGUAAAGAGGGCUAAAAUAAUCCUGUUUUCAAAGUUAUAAAAGAGUUCUCUCAUUCUUAAGGUUAAGGUGUUUAAGUUAAGGAACAUGCCAGAUAUUUUUACGCACACCUUAUUUUCGUCAAUAUUUAUAAUUUCAUACCCUUGUCAGAUAUGUAAAAUUGUUUCCUGUACGUAAGUCCACAAGGGUAACCAAUGCAAAAUCUCGCACUUUCUAGCUAGUGUGGGAGCCUGCAACCAGAUACAUUAGGGCCAUUUUUAUACGAGGAAAAAUAAGACGCGUCUUAAAUAAGACGCGAACUUUCCGUAUAAACGGCACAUUUCGUCUAAAAUAAGACGCGGCUUAGCUAAGACGCGUCUUAUUAGAUAAGACAUGCUCGUAUAAAUGGUACAGUUCGCGUCUUAUUUAAGACUCGUCUUAUGUAAGAUGCGUCUUAUUUUUCCUCGUAUAAAUGGGUCUAUUGUUUUGUAUAUCCAUGUUGUGGUCAGUUGACAACUGUCAAAAUAGGGUUUCUGCUGACCAGUAUCACAUAACCAUAUUGCGGGCUCAGGAGUCGACCAUUUGAUGUUACAUGUUUUUUUUGGAGUUAUCCACGAACAAGUUACUAGUUUUUAACUGAUCGCGGGCUCAACUCCAAGUGGAUUUCUUUGCAAUGUUUACAAGUUUAUCAUUUGAAGUAAAUUACAAAUUUAUUAACGGGAGCUUUGCUUUCAGCCUUGAGUAAAUAUAUAUAUUGAAAAUAAUUAUAUCAAUCUCGUCUCCUCAAUACAGGUGGUGAUAUCAGUACUGCUAAGAAGGAUGAGUUCAGCAUGCGCCGUAACAUUUUAGAACAGUUCAAGGCUGAAGCUGCCAAAGAAGAGCUGUAA